AUGGAUUUCGGCGGCUUCGGCGACGCGCCGCCGGCUCAGGCACCCUUCGGGGGUGGCGCUCAUCGUGGGCCGUUCCCCAAGGCAGCGGCCGCGCCGCGGGGCGCGCCGUCGGCCACGGCGGGGCUCAUGCUCCACACCACUCUCGAGACUACGGGUUUCGGAGACCUCGCCACGGCGUUGGUGGCUGGCGUCGGCGGCGACUUGAGCACCACCGUCACGGACUUCGUGGCCGUCCCAGAGCAGAUCUUGGUCGACAUGAUCGGCCAGCUCGAGGUCGAGGGCGUUCCCGCGUCUGGCAUCGUCCGCGGCCGCGCGGUGCGUGCGAUUCGGGCCGUCUUCGACGUCGCGGGGCUGCCACCGCCAAGCUUGGGCGCGUCAAUGCCCCCAGCUCCUGCCACGCGGCCUUCCGGGGCCACGCAGGACGAGCCGUCGCCAGGCGACAACAAGCGGCGGUUCUCGGAUUUCAUCGACCAGGCGGCGGAGGGCACCUUCAACCUUCUUUCGAAGGACGACGUUGCGGCGGCGCGCCUGAGGUACGUCACCGUCACGGGGGGCCCCCCUCCGGCGCACGCGCGGCCCUCGGCUGAGCAGAUCUCGGGGCUCGCGGCGCUGCUCAAGGCCAAGGCUUCGCCCUACGUCGAUUUCGGCGUGUUUGGGACGCACGGCCGCAGGAGGGCGAAAGCCAGGAAAUUCGAUGCCCAAACCUUCGUCGAAGGGCGCCUCGAGACGAGGAUGCUGACGGGCCCUUCGAACUUCGAGGCAUGGAGGUCGUCCUGGCUGGUCUUCCGCUCAUGCGUGAUCUGCCUCGGGGCCGCCCCGCCCGCGGUUUUGGGCGAGUGCGAAGAGGGCAUCCGCCAGCUGUCCAUCUUGUACCCGUCCUAUUGGGGCGUCAUCCUGAGGGCCGACGACACGGUCAGGUCCGAGAAGUGGGGCGCGCUCCUGGAGGAGUACCUCGACGCCAACCCCGACGACGACCAGGCGUGGGCGUGCGUCAUCCGCGCCUCUGCCUUCGGCGCCGAGCCGGCGGUCUCCAAGUUGGGCCAUUGGUGGUGGAUGCACGUCGGCGCCCCCUGCACUAAGGAGGGCGGCAAAGCCGGCGCUCUUGUCGACCGCUUGGAGGGCGCGCCAGCUGGGGCGCUACCGGACCCCGCAGCCCCGCCGCCUCGUCCCGCGGACGACGCUGACGCGGCGGUGGCUUUGCUAGCGCGCACCGUCUCCGGCCGCGUGCACCGGCGCGUUCUCCGCGGCGGGGAGCAGGCGUCCGCCGCAGACGUGAAGCGGUCGGAGGAUGCCGCUUGCCAGGUGCAGCGGCAGGCAGGGGACCCUGACCGAGCCAUUGCGGAUUGGCUACUGGAGGGCGCGCCGAUGGGGAUCACGCGGGACACCCCCCCUGGCGGGCUUUUCCCCGCGGCGGAAUCCGAGGCGUCAACGGAUUUAGACGCGCUCCUCGAGCGCGCGGCCGACUUGGGGAACCACCCUUCCUUCUACGAGUUGCGCGGCCAGGAUCGGCCGCCAGGCGUCGAGCAGCUCCAGUGCUUGGUCAACCAGGGGUUCGGGAUCCUCUUCGAGGACCGCGCGGCGGCGGAGGCCUUCUACUCCACCGCCGUUUUCCCGGAUCUGAAGGCGAACCUCGUCAACUCGGCGGUGACCCUCGCGGAGCGCCAGGCUCUGCCGACGAUCAUCGACCACGCGUUGGACGUCGCCCUGCUUUUCUCCUGGGCUCAGGAGGGCGGCGUGUGCUGGACUCUGGUGUUGGACUUCGCGGACGCCUUCAUGUCAGUGCCGUUGCACCCGGACGAGCAGCCGUUCGAUUGCGCGCACGUCGGGCACGCACUGCGGAGGGACAUGCCGCCGGCCUACCCGCAGGAGGCGCGCGAGGGGCGAUUCGUGGUCUGGCGGGUCCUGGGGUUCGGCGGCAAGCCCAACCCCGUCGUGUUCGGGCGCGUGGCGUCCUUCGCCGCACGCACCGCGCAGGCCCUGCUCCGGCCAUUCGCGCGGUCGGGUUGUGGCCACGCUGCCGCCGCCGCUGGUCGCCUGCAGCUCUACGUCGACGACCCGGUUCUCACCGUGGCGGGCACGCCGGCAGCAGCGCAAUUGGCGAUCGACCUUGCCCUGACUUGGUGGCUCCUCCUCGGGGUGCCGCUCGCUUGGAAGAAGGGCGCGCUGUACGCGCGCGAGCACCUGUGGAUCGGAGCCAUGUUCAUUCCGUAUUCGCCCGGCGAGGUUCACGUCAUGCUGCCCACAGAGUUCUUGGCAGAUCUCUUCAGGCUCCUCGAGCCCUUCGCGGCGGGGUCAGGCCAUGCGUCCGUGGCGGCUGCCCGCCGCGUCGUCGGGAAGUGCGCGCGGGUGGCCUACGUGGUCCCCGACGCGGCGCCCUUCGCGGCCGCUCUCUGGGGCGCCCUUGCUGGCGCUGCGGCAGCCGACCGGGAGGCACCUCCGGGUCGCGUCGCGUGCAGGAGGUUCGGGGCUGCCGCAAGGUGGAUGCGGGCGCUCGUCAACCCUUCCGGUCUCGACCUGCUCCCCCUUCGGCGAGUCGUCAGGGCCCAGGAUGAGCAGCGGGGGCGCGCUUCCGACGCCGUGGUGAAGUUCGACGCUUCCCCGUGGGGCUGCGGCGCAGCGCUCUACAGGCGCGGCGUCCCUGUGGAGUUCUUCGCCCUCACGUGGUCGGACGACGUCUGCGGUCUUUUCAACGUCGGCACGGGCGACCCCAGGCACCAGUCUUUCUGGGAGUACCUCACAGUGUUCCUGGUGUUGUGCGUGUGGGGAGAUUCGUUCCGCACCGAGGUCCUCACCAUUGCGGGCGACAACGUCGCGGCUCUGGAGGGGGCCCUCAACCUCCGUGGCAAGGGCCUCCUCAACCACAUCACCCGUGAGAUCGCAUGGCGGCGCGCGCGGCGCCGGUGGGAGUAUGUGGUCUCGCACUUGCCGGCGGAGCACAGCGAGACCGCCGACGCGCUGUCCCGGUUGGCCGCGCCGGACCCCGCUGAGCUCCCGGCGGAGCUCACCGAGGCGGAACAGGUCGGCGCGCCCAGCGUCCCCGAGCUCUUCGUGACGAUGAGGGCGCCCCCGG